AUGUACCAGUCCCGUGUGACUGAACCCUGGGGCAGGGCUGGGAGCUCAUGGCUUGGGCAAUCCACCAGCAAGCCCCUUCCCUGCCCACCCUCGGCAGGGCCCUGCAGCCACCUCUGCACCGAGGGCUUCACCGCCCUGUCCUGUGCCUUCCAGGUGACGGCUGCUUACAACCUCCAGCCCCUGCUCCUGCCCGGCCCCGUGCUGUGCGCCCCCUGCUUCGGCCAGGGCCUGCCCGCAGAGCUGUCCCGAGCCAGGGCGGCCACCUCCCGGGAGAGCACCAGCGCCCUGAAGGCCUGGCUGGGCCAGCACUUGAGGAACCCCUACCCCAGCAAGGGCGAGAAGGUCAUGCUGGCCGUCAUCAGCAAGAUGAGCCUCCCCCAGGUCUCCACGUGGUUCGCCAACGCCCGCCGGCGCCUCAGGAAGGAGAAGCGUCUGCGUUGGGCCCCCCGCAGCAAGUGGGACAGAGAUGCCAGCGAGGGCGAGGCGGAGUGCGAGCAACAGCAGGGCGAGGGGCCGGGUGGCAGCCCCAAGGGGGUCAGCCCUGGCCCCUGGCUGGAGUCAGAGCACCAGCGGCCAAGCCCCAAGCCCAACGCUGCUGGGCUGACACCGGAGACGCAGCCCCAGCAGCCCAAGCGCUGGUGUCUGGCUGAGACCGCGACGUGCCCCCGGCAGGAGCAGAGCUGCCGCCUGCGGCUGGAGGUGGCACCGCCCGGCUGGGGCCUUGGGGCGCCAGGGGGAGCCACGUACGUCCUACCCCCACAGCUCAGCCUGGCCCUUCCCUGGCGCACCGAGAGCCACCGGACGCCCCCACUGUGACGGCAGGGCCCAGGCAGCAACCGGCCUGGGACUCACAGCGGGGGGCGGGGGGCUCUGCCCACGGGGACCCAGGCUGUGGACAGGCCCUCCCAGGUGUUCAGCGGUGCAAGAGGCAGGGGGGGGCUGUAGAGUUGGGGGAGGCUCUAGGGUAAAGAGUGAGUCUGUGGGGCAACAAGGGCCUGGGGGCUGGUUCCUUGCGUGGCUCCCAGAAGCCAAUAAAAUAUGUCGGGGGAGGGGGAGCCAG